CGCUUCAAAUUUUUGCAGGUUUUAACUAUAAUCUUGUCUGAUUCUUUCUUUGUUGUAGAUUAGACACCAUCUUGUGGUUGUUAGUUGUGUGAGUUUUGAAUUCAGGCCGUGCAUGGAGAUUGGACAUAAUUUAAACAAAUCAAGUUUGAUUAAAGGCAAUGAGUUCUUCAUCAAUCCGUCUGCAGAACAAUUGAAAGAAUUUGCUGCUAAUAAAGUUAUGAAAGAUUUUCAAAAGAACCUCGGCCCCGAGGAUCAACAGCCUAUUCUUACAGAGAGCGAGCGUCUGGCUGCGAUUAAGAAGGAAAAGGAUGAAUUCGAGAAUCGUAAGAAAGUCGAGAUCAAAGGAUUACCAGCGGAAAUGAAAGCCGAGGAUGUGUCUGGUCUUCUUGAAAAUUAUCAUGUUGGACCAAUACAGCUGGAGAAAGUGGAGAAUUCAACAAAUGCAAUUGUUUUACUGGGCAACGGCGAGGAAGCGGAAGCUGCUGUUCGAGAACUUAAUGGUCAACGUUACAAUAACUGCGUACUUCAAUGUUCCAUGGCAUCUGUUGAUUCUCUACUUUGUAUUACAAAUCUUCCCUUAUCUUACACACAGGAGAACGUUCGAAAGAUGUGUGAAGCAUAUGGUCCAGUAGACAGAUGUUUUGUUAUGCCAAGUGAAGAAACGGGGAAUUCGAAAGGAUACGCUUUUGUGGAAUACCCCAACAAAGAUAUCGCUCGAAAAGCCAAAACGCAAUUAAACGGACGCUUAGUUCAAACCCACGAAAUCAACUGUGACUGGACAGAUGAAAAUCAUUGUUAUUGGAAUAAAUUACAUUCCACUUGUUUAUUAGCUGAAUUAACCGCAGACUUUAACGAUACGACGAAGUUUCGCAGUCUUUUCAAUAAAAUAGCAGAUCCCAGAUAUAUUCAGCUGGCUCUGAAUUCUGAAACACGGAAAUGUCUGGGUUUUGGAAUUGUUGCGUUCGAGAAUCCACUUGUAACGGAGCAGACAUGGUAUAAAGUAAAUGGUGCUAAUGUUUACGGCCAAAACCUCAGAGUCUAUUUUGUUUGUCCCGGACAUUCAGGGAGAAACGAGUACACAAGAAGACUAGCCAAGUGUCAGAAAAAAUCACCCCAGGCCGUGCUAGGGGCACCUCUAUUUCAGAAUGUAUCGCAGUUUCCUUCAAAUGGUCUUCUAAACCCACUAUUAAUGGCGAAAUUUGGAGGUGCAGCCAACUCAGUGGCGGGAGCCAACAGUGCAAUGAGUCAGCUGGCGGCCUUACAGAAUGGGACCAAUCCUGCCGCCUCAGCUGUCAUGCAAUCAUCACCUUCGCAUCAAUUUGUCUCUCAAAAUCACCACGCCUUACAACUAGCAGCCGCUCAACAGGCGGCGUUAAUGGCGGCCGCGGGAGGAGGUGGGUCCGCAAUCAACGGCGUCUCUCAAAAUGCCCUCUUAGCCCAAGCACAAGCAGCUGCCGCCGCCGCCGUUGUCUCUAGCCAAGCAGCACACAUGCACGGUCAUCCCGCCGCACACUUGAGUAACUCGGUGAUGAGCAGUGCAGCCGGAACGCACCAUCAGUCGCAGCACCACUCGCAACAACAAGCGGCAGCACUGGCAGCGGCGUCUUUGAUGUCAUCGAACCAAGCGAGUCACCAAGGAGGAUCUCCGCAUAAUAUGUCGGCUGCACAUCAAGCGGCAACAUUGCAACAUCUUCAGCAACAGUUGGCGGCGGCUGCCGCUACCAAUAACCAACAGCAGUCCCAAAUGUCAGCAGCAGUUAUGGGCUCUGCCUCGAACCACCCAGGGUCCCAAACAUCGCAAGAUCUAGCACAAGCCCAAAUGCUAGCUCUGGCACAAGCUUCAAACAAAGACAACACUCAGCAAAAUUCUCUCCAUGGAUCUAACUCGACUUCAACUAUUUCUCAAAAUACAUCCGCAGCCAACACUUUGAUGCAGCAAAACGCACAACUCAAAGCAUUAGGACUCAUUCCCCAAGGAAGCGAUGUUCCGGGACUCGGAGGAGCGUCAUCGGCAGGGGAUCCGAAUGCAGGAGGAGGUGGAACUGCCGGGUUGCUGGCGGCGUUAGCUGCUUCUCAGCAGCAGCAACAGCUAGCAGCGUUGUCGGCAGCAGCGGCACAACAAGGAUACCAAUUUGGAGGUGGCGCGGGAUUGCCUUACCAGACGUUUCCGACAGGACUUGACAUCUUCCAGCAAGCUGCCCUCCAACAACAGCAGCAACAACACCACCAGCACCAGCAGCAACAACUCUUAGCUGCCGCACAGCUAUCAGCCAUGGGGGCACACUAUCCCCACCACACGCAACAACAUCACUCGGGAGGCGGAAACGCCGCCGCCGACUUAGCCGCGCUGCUCUACGGGACAACCGCAACUGGAGGCCACCACGCCCAACACCAACAUCAGAUGCAAGUGGCAUCUAAUGCAUUCAUCAGUGCCCCGCCCAGUGCCUAUAUCAAGGCGGAACAGGUGGUCUAUGACAACAGUGCCAGGGCAUCGCCAGGCGGCGCCAGUGCUGGAUCCAUGAUAGAAAGAAAGAAGCUACGGCGCGGAAGUUACUCGUCUCAAAUCAAACGGCCCCAACUUAAUGAAGAGAACUCUUGACUCGACGGGCGCUGAUGCAGUCGCGAAGAAACAAGCCAAGUUUUGACGAGGACCAAAGUGAACAGAAAAACGAAUUGUCAAAAACAGGAGCCGUGAACAGAAAACAAUCAGGGUUUAUGUGCUGUACUGCACGCAGUAUAAAAUGACGAAAAGUUUUUAAUGAUUUCUGGAAUAAAAUAGAAAAUCUAUCGGCAGUGACCAAAGUUGAAAAAAAAACGUCCUCAAUUUUGUCCGAAAUGAUCGAGCAGAUCAGCCGAGACAAGAAGAAAAACUGAAAAGGCGGAGCCAGAACUCCAGUCUUGAAUAAAAAAACUAACGAAGUCAGAGUUUAGAAAAAUGUAGAUGAAAAUUAGUCUUUUGUUGUUUGCGUUGCUUCCUUAAUAUUAACAAAAAUGUGUGAUAUAAUUUGGAUGUACAUUUAGAUUACAAGUAUGUAGUGCUCAAUCAAAGCAGCAAAAAUUGGAAAGCACAACCGAAAAUGUUCACUGUCUCUUAUAUUGUUUCUAUGCAACAAAAUUUUCUUCGCAUUCCGUGAGUUUGACCUGAACAAUUUAUCUUUGUCGGAUAAAAGCAACUGUUUUUGUUUUUUGUAGUGACAAAAAUUGGUGAUAUUUUAACGUAAAAACUGCCAUACUGAUAAUUCCAUUUUUAAGAGUUGUUCAAAUUAAGUUCUAUGAAAAUUGUUCAGCCCAACCUGCCCGACUAUUUGUUGGCUAUUGUCUAUCCUGUCAGUAAUUCAAAAUCAAUUUUGAAGACGUCAAAAUUAUGUGCUGUAUUUCUUCCAGAACAUUCCAAACUUCAUGACCUUGCGCCUCUUUUCUUUCUGUACUUUGAUUUACAUAGCUGAUUUUCACUCAGGCGACUGAUGUUGUCUACUUUGUUUGAUUUAAGAUUAUUGGUAAUCAAGAUUAUGUAAUUUUCUUUACUCUAUUCUAUGCUAUACAUUCCUCAAAAUUAUUCAUUAUAGAAUCCCGAGUCCAUAUAAUCAAUGACAAUACACUAUAUUUUUGAAA